UUUCCCUUCAUUUCUUGUGCAAAAUUUGCAAAAUUGAUCAUUUGAAAAGUUUACAUCGUGUAGUUAGGUUGUGAAAUUUCAGAUUGUAAAUUAAUUAAAGUUGAUUUGUCUGAUUUGUGUAUAUUUCAAGUUGUAUAUCUUUAAUCACAAUAAACCGCCACAAUGUUUGAAGCGCGUCUUAAUAAUGCAACUACACUCAAGAAGAUCUUGGAUGCCAUCAAAGAUUUGCUCAACGAAGGCACAUUUGAUUGCAGCGAUUCCGGCAUACAGUUGCAAGCUAUGGACAAUUCCCACGUCUCACUUGUUUCCUUAACAUUACGCUCAGAUGGCUUUGAUAAAUUCCGUUGUGAUCGGAAUCUUUCAAUGGGAAUGAAUUUAGGCAGCAUGGCUAAAAUUCUAAAAUGUGCCAACAACGAUGAUACUGUAACAAUUAAAGCACAGGAUAAUGCAGAUACAGUAACAUUUAUGUUCGAAUCUCAAAACCAAGAGAAAGUUUCCGAUUACGAAAUGAAAUUGAUGAAUUUAGAUCAGGAGCAUCUUGGUAUACCGGAAACUGACUACUCAUGCGUUGUACGCAUGCCCGCAAUGGAAUUUGCACGCAUCUGUCGUGAUCUAGCACAAUUCAGUGAAUCUGUUGUUAUUUGCUGUACAAAGGAAGGUGUAAAGUUCUCUGCAUCCGGCGACGUUGGUUCGGCUAAUGUGAAAUUGGCACAAAAUUUAAACGUUGACAAGGAUGAUGAAGUUAUUGUGAUUGAAAUGCAAGAGCCUGUUGUGUUAACAUUCGCUUGUCGUUACCUUAACGCUUUCACAAAGGCGACGCCACUCUCAAAUCAAGUGCAGCUGUCGAUGUCGGCCGAUGUGCCGCUGGUGGUUGAAUAUCGUAUAGCCGAAUUGGGACACAUCCGCUACUAUUUGGCGCCGAAAAUCGAAGAUGAUGAGAAUUAGUUGUAUAUGCGUAUCGGUAUGUUGGUUGCACAGUCACGGUGCAACUAGCUUUUUUCGAUUUGAUGUAAGAAACUUAAAUAUUAACUAAUUUUAAGCACUAAAAUAUGUAGUACGUCAUUGUACUUUUGCUAACAUUGUAAAAUGGUCACUUACGUAUGUGUACAUGCAGUUGAGUAUAUUUAAUAUUUUUUGAAUGUAGCAACAGAUAUUUCAAAAUAAAUUUUAUAUGCAUAUUCAGUACAA